AUGAAGGUAACCGCAAUUCAGGAACACACAGGCUGGGAAAAGAAGAGUGUUGGUGAGCUUAUAGGAAGCUUACAUACAUAUGAACUUGAAGUGUUGGCUGAUGAUGAUCUUGCAGCAAACAGAAAAGGCAAAUCAGUGGCUUUUGUUGCUGAUGUUGAUCGAGAGUCAGACACUGAUGACAUAGAUGAUGAAGCCUUGGCUCUUCUGACCAAGAAUUUUAAGAAGAUCUUGAAAGGAUUUAAUAUAAGGAGUCAAGGACAAUCUAACAAGACUCAAUAUAAAGGCAGUAAUUCCUCAUAUCAGAAAACAGAUACACCGUCUUUCACACAGAACAAUCAGACUCAAACUGGUCGACCAAGACAACCCCGAGGCAGUUCGACUGACACAGGCAGGUCCCUCAAUCGAUCAGUACAGUGUCGAGAGUGUGAAGGAUUUGGACACAUACAGGCGGAAUGUGCAACGUAUCUCAAAAGGAAGAAGGCUAUGUCUGUAGCUACACUAAGUGACGAUGAGGAAGAAGGAUCUAAUGGUCAGUUAGAUGACAACGUGGGAAACUUUGUGGCUUUCUUCUCAGAGCUAAAACAACGAGAUGAUAUUAUGAAGAAACCGAACACAGAACUUGUUACAAAAGAAGAUCUUAUAACUCAGAUAAGAUCUCGAGAAGGAAAACUGAUAAAAGAGUUGGAGGAUCAGAAGAAGAACAUAAAGAUGAUGGACACUACAUUAACUCUAAACAAAAUUCUGGAUUCUGGACAAAAUCCAAAUGACAAAAAGGGUCUAGGUUACAACCGAGGAGAAUCUUCGAAAAAUAUUCCUAUUUUCGUCAAAGAAGGUACGUCAACUGACACAUCAACUCACAGAUAUGAAACUGGACAGUCAUCCAGAGACCAAAUGAAGGAAAAAUAUCAGAACAAGACUAUUACACCUUUCACAAGACAAGUCUGGGUCAGGAAGUCAGAAGUAAUCUGUUACCCCACUAUAGUUCUGGCUGCAUCUACAACUAAAGCAAGAUGGUAUUUCGACAGUGGGUGCUCCAGACAUAUGACAGGCAAUGUCAAGUGUCUUAUGGCUGUUCAACCAAGCAGUGGAUCAGUUACAUAUGGAGAUGGACAAAAAGGGAACGUAUUUAGCAAAGAUUUCUACUCUGAGAAUGGUAUAGCCCAUGAAUUCUCAGCCCCCAGAACAGCUCAACAGAAUGGUGUGGUGGAAAGAAAGAAUUGA